AUGAGCCAGAUCACUGCAACCAUGAUGCCGCCGCCAGAUAUGGCGUCCAUGGCCAAUCGCGGCAUGGGAACCAUGGGUCGCGAUUACAACAUUCAGCUUGACAAAGUCGAGAAGUAUCGUCGUGAGGGAACUUGGACGGAGGCAGAUGAGAUCGAAUGGGCGAAGAAGAAGCCCUUUCCAUGUGAAAUAUGCGGCGAUAGGGUCAGCAGCAGGGCAAAUUUGAAUCGACAUAUUAAAACAAGACAUUACCCCCACCAAGAACACGAUAACAAGCGCUUCGCCUGCGAUAUUUGCGGUAAAGUCUGCAAAAGAGAAGACAAUGUCGUCAAGCACAAGAAGCAAAAACACUCAAUCAUCAGCCACCAACCCCGUCAACGGCGCGGGUCCGCCAGCAUGAACCACCGCUUCUCCUGGCAUGGCGCUGGUGGUUUCGCUGGAAUAAUGCCCGAGGGUGGGAUCAAUUGGCAAGAUCCACGGUUUACACAGGUUCAAGAGCACGUUAAACCUCCAAAGAAACAACCAAAAGAACCGUCUAGCGAAGAAGAGAGUGAAAGUGAUAGUGAAAUCGAGGGAGGCAGGAGAGAAAGGAAAGCUAGUGAUGGGGAUAUGAUGAACUUGACAUCGGAUUUUGGGAGGAAAGUCUAUGUUGCCGAGGAUCUCCCUCGUCAGCAAGUCAAAGGUCUGAAGAAGUACUACACUGACUAUCCUAUAUUACCACAAGAACUCCUCUCGCACUAUGCAGACUACUACUUCAACCCACCUUCAACCUCGUUUCACUCCCAUUUACCGCUCCUUCACAAGCCUACCUUCAAAACCGACACAGUUCUCGCCUCCUUCCUCCGUGCAAUUUGCUGUAUCGGCGGUCUAUAUGAUCCAACUGAUCAAACCCUCGGCCGCCAAUUAUGGGAAUCCGGCUGGAAAGUCAUGGAAAGAUGGGUAGAAUGGGGAAUUGGUGACGACGAAGAUACCGAAGAAGAAGACUCGGAUAACAGUCUUUACAAGAUUAAAAAGGAAGACCAAGAAAUUGAACGAAUGAGAGAGGAGGCGGAGAUGGGUGGAACUUUAACAGUUGAGGCUGAGUCAAAAAAGAUGGCUAGUCGACGGACAAGAGAACGGAGACUGUGCGUUAUGCAGGCGUUCUUAUUGUUUGAAUGUUUUGGAGUUUUUAGCAGGGAGAGGGAGUGGCAUAAGAAGGGGAGAAGGAUACAUGCUAGAUGUGUCGAAAUUGCUCGAGAAUAUGGAUAUUUCCAAGACGAUAUCAGCAUGGUCCCCACCAUCAAUAAACAGGAAGACCCCAAAGGCUACCUUCGCCAAGAGUGGGAAAUAUUUGUUGAGAAGGAAUCUCGCAAGCGAGCCGCCUUCUGCUUAUACCUCCUCGACUGUCACCUUUCCUUACUCUUUAACAUUCCACCACUCCUCCGGCCGACGGAAUUGCGCAACCUCUCCCUCCCUUGCGAUGAGGAUAUCUUCAACGCCUCCACCCCAGAAGAAUGGGACUUCACCCGUCGAGUUCGGGUCUACGAACCCGUUCCCAUAAUGUUCCUCAAAACCCUUCGAGGAAUAUUAAAAGGCAACAUCAAUGCCGUAACCCAAGAACUCAACGACUUCAGCUGUUACAUUCUCGUGGUAGCCGUCCUUAUCGAAAUCACCAAGAUCUCACAAAAGGUAGCAGUAGAAGAAGAUGAAGUCUACGACGAUGGAAGACCCCGAAUCAUCGUCUUCAUGCCACCAGAAAGACAAGAAGACGUGGAAAGAUUGGAUAGAGCAAUGUCUACCUUACGAACUCUAUCUACUCAACGAGAUGAUUUCUUCGAACGACAUAUUGGAGUUUCGUCGCCUUAUCAGCCAUUAAAUGCUUAUUCACCGGAAUCGAAUCGCUCACAGGCGUUAUCCGAUCCUACCCCGAACUCAGUGGCAAAUUUAAGCGGCUGCACUAAAUGUUUCUACAUAUUUUGGCAUUUGUCACAUGUCUUCCUGGUUGUUCCGGAUAGGCUAGUCCUCUCUGGCGAUGUCCCGAUAGAUAUGCAAGGAUGUCUAAACAUGAUAGUGGCGGAAACUCGCACCCGUCUGGAAAGAGACGAAGAAAUGGAUCUUAGUACCCUUGAAGGUGUUAUAUCUAAGCUGUCACCACAUCUUCUUGCUAUCAUGAGGUUUUUGGAGAACAGAACGUAUGAUGAAAGUCGUACCGAGUUCCCCGCGAUUGUGGCAUUGGCCUUUAGAGCUUGCAUGGUUAUUUGGGAAAUUAUUGUCAGAGUGAACUUCUUCAGCAUGGGAGGGAUGGUGCAGAGAGGUGGGGAUGGGGAUUCGGUUAUUGAAGAAAGAAUCGGGGGCAAUGUGCUUGUGGGGAGUCUUGAUGGUGGGCAUCCUGGCAGGAACUGGUCUAUUAGCGGGCCUUCUGGUGGUAGCGGCGGGGGUGGUUCGGGAGAGAAUCAUAGGAGCACAACCAGUUUGAUCGGAUUGAGUAAGAGUAUGAGUAGCAGUGGAAUUUUGCCUGGGAUCAACGGUGGCAAUGGGAAUACGGUUGGAGAGAUGUUUAUAGGGGAAGUAUUGGAGUGUAUUCACCUUCCUACUACGACAGAUGAGAUGCCGCAGGAAAGGGCAGAGACGAGGUUUUUGAGAUGGGUUCAGGCUACAUUUGAGGAAAUGGCAUCUUGGGACGUUGGUCCUGAGGUUAGCAAUGCCGUUGAGGGGAUAGUAGAGAAUUGGGAUGCUCUCGCCCAGAGGGUUGGACAUGAUUAA